AUGGCCGGUCUUAACGUGCUGUUCGAGCACGGCGGCUACGGCCUGUUCGCCGUCAAGGAGUUCGAGGAGACAGGCAUGCUGCCCGAGGUGGAGGCGUCCGUCACCGACCUCAGCAAGUUCAACUCGAUCGUGCAUCUGGUGGGCUUCGCGCCGUUCAAGACGGGCGCCAAUGCGCUGGAGAACAUGAACGCCGUUUCGGAGGGCAUCGUGACGGAGGACUUGCAACUGUUCCUCGACACCAACCUGCCGAGCAAGCGCAAGAAGGUGACGGUGGGCGUGUCGGAGCCCAAGCUGGGCGCCGCCAUCUCCGAAGCCCUGGGUGUCAAGUGCCAGCACUCGGGCGUGCCUGAGAUCAUUCGCGGCCUGCGCCUGCACUUCCCCAACAUGGUGAAGGGUUUCACGCCUGUGGCGUCGGGCAAGGCGCAGCUCGGCUUGGGCCACAGCUAUCGCUGCAAGGUCAAGUUCAACGUCAACAAGUCGGACAACAUGAUCAUCCAGAGCAUCGCGCUGCUGGACCAGCUGGAUAAGGAUAUCAACACGUUCUCGAUGCGUAUCCGCGAGUGGUACUCCUACCACUUCCCGGAACUCGUCAAGAUCUGCCCCAAUAACUACAUGUACGCCCGCUGCACGCAGGUGGUGCGCAACCGCAAGGAGAUGACGGAGGAGGUGGUGCCCCAGCUGGAGGAGAUCCUCAUGGACUCGGCCAAGGCGCAGGCCGUUUACGACGCGUCCAAGUCUUCGAUGGGCAUGGACAUCUCGCCGCUAGACCUCAUCAACAUCGACAUGUUCGCCAAGCGCGUGGUGGCGCUGUCUGAGUACCGCACCAGCCUGCAGAACUACCUGAAGGACAAGAUGGGCGCAGUGGCCCCCAACCUGGGCGAGCUGGUGGGCGACACGGUGGCGGCGCGGCUGAUCUCGCACGCCGGCUCACUCACGAACCUGGCCAAGUAUCCGGCAUCGACCGUGCAGAUCCUGGGCGCUGAGAAGGCGCUGUUCCGCGCGCUCAAGACGCGCGGCAACACGCCCAAGUACGGCCUGCUCUUCCACUCGACGUUCAUCGGCCGCGCCGGCGCUAAGAACAAGGGUCGCAUCUCGCGCUACCUGGCCAACAAGUGCAGCAUCGCCAGCCGCAUAGACUGCUUCUCCGAAACGGCGAACACCGUGUUCGGCGAGAAGCUGCGUCAGCAGGUGGAGGAGCGGCUCAAGUUCUACGAGACGGGCGAGAUUCCGCGCAAGAAUGCCGACGUCAUGAAGGAGGCCAUGGAGGAGAGCGUCGAGGUCCAGGCCAAGCUGGACAAGAAGAAAAAGAAGAAGAAGCGCAAGGCGGAGAGUGAAGAGAACGGCGACACGACGCUGGAUACGUCUCAACUGGAUGUCGACGAACCGCCGAAGAAGAAGAAAAGCGCAAGCACCAGGACGAGAUGA